AUGGCCUCCCACAAGAUGCAAAACCUUAUUAACUACCGCAUGCGUGUGACCUUGAACGAUGGACGUCAAAUGACCGGUUCCAUGCUUGCGUUCGAUAAGCACAUGAACCUCGUUCUCGCCGACACAGAAGAAUUCCGUCGCAUCAAGCGCAAAUCCAAGCCCCAAGGCGGUCCCGCCAACGCCCCGCUCGUCGAAGCUGAAGAGAAGCGCAGCCUUGGCCUCACUAUUGUUCGUGGAGCUCAAGUCGUUUCUUGCUCUGUUGAGGGUCCUCCUUCUGCCGAACCCUCUGCGCGACUUGGCACCGCAGGACCCGGCGCCGCUGCUACUCUUGCCGCGGGCCCUGGUAUCAGCAAGCCCGCUGGUCGCGGCCUGCCUGUCGGACUCGGAGGCCCUGCAGCCGGUGUUGGUGGACCCCCACCCCCUGGUGGCUUCGGAUUCCCUCCUGGUGGUUUCCCCGGUGCCCCUCCUCCAGGCUUCGCUGGACGUGGAGGCCCCCCGGUGGUGGUCCUCCUGGUUUCGCGCCCCCUCCUGGAUUCGCUCCCCAGGGUGGUCCCCCUGCCGGUUUCCAACCUCCCCCCGGCUUCCAGCCUCCUGGUCAGGGACGCGGAUACCCGCCCCCUGGAUUUGGUGGCAGAUAAUUGCAAAUGUGUACAGCGGAAAACUCUAUGCUUCAUGUCAUUGGCGAUCUGA